CCGGACGCCCGCAAGUCGAGACUUCGAGAUCGCGAUUGUCCUUCACUCGUCCCGACUUUUUGCUCGACCAUCCCGACUUACGUCCCCAAUCACCGCCCACCAUGCCUCGUGAAAUCUCCGACAUCAAGCAGUUCAUUGAGAUCUGCCGCCGCAAGGAUGCCUCCUCUGCCCGCAUCAAGCGCAACCGCAAGACCCAGCAGGUCAAGUUCAAGGUCCGCUGCCAGCGCUUCGUCUACACCCUUGCCCUGAAGGACUCCGACAAGGCCGACAAGCUCAAGCAGAGCUUGCCCCCAGGUGCGUUGCCUUCCAGUCUCAUUUGAAACCACUCGGUCGCUAUUCGGAUUUCAAUCUUGCUCGCCCCACCGGUUUGCAUACCUUGGGUGGAGGUUCCGGCACAUGACAUGAACCAUGACGACGCGGCCAUCACUACGUAGAACUCCAUGCUGACGAAUAUACUACAACAGCCCUCAAGGUCGUC